AUGUUGGUCAGUACCCCCCACCUGCUAACACUGGAUGAAGCAGAUGCCACUUGGGCCCUCAUCAAGGAUAAGGUCAUCGAGGAGCGUUUUGGGUCCAAUGUAGUGGCAGUACCUUUCCUGUCGGAUGCAGCCUGCUAUGAUCUACUGGGCGUGCUAGUGAAACAGUCCCGUCCAGCCCACACACGCCUGACUCUGCCAGGUCGGCAGGGCCGAAGGGCACUGAAAUCAGUAGGGCUACUACCAAAUCUUCUAGAUCAGGCAGGGUCUGAGCGUGUCUUUGCCCACUGCACUCGAGAAUACUCACCAAAUGGCCGGGCCGAGAUAGCCUAUGAAGAAAUGCGAAUGCUGGAUGGACAGCCCUGUCGGAUCCGCCUACAUAUGGGAGGUCUGCGCAAGAAAGUUGCCUUCUUUCUGCUACCACCAGGACAGGUGAGCCUACAGCAGAAUCUCCCCUGGCUCCGAAGCACCCACAGCAUCUACGUCAUCUACCAGGUCUUCUCCUGCACCUGGCUACAGCUAGGGCUGUUGCCUAUAGCCCAUGAGCCCCAGCUGCUCCGGAUACAGCGGUCACUACCUAUUGCUUUUUCCUGCCUCAAGUUUUCACUGCAGCCCAAGGGUGUACUGGGACCACAGAAGUCUCUGAUCAAAGAUCCACUGCCCCAAGGGGCCAACUGGGUUAGACCUAGCCUUAGCAUCAUAUCAACUCUGGCCCCCACAUCUGUAUCAUUACCUGCUGAUAACCCUGAAGUUGCUGAUGAUGUAUCUCCACCUGUCCCACCUCCACCUGUCCCAGCCCCACCUACACCACCUCCCCAAGAAGGGCCAGAAGGCAGACCUACCAGAUUCUCCUAUAAGGGUCGAAACCCAUUCCGGAGGGGCCCCUAUAUGCUUUCAGCAGAGAACUGGCUCUUCAGCCCCCGCAACCCCCCACCAGGAGCCCAGGGUGGGGGCCCCGGGGACCCCGACCGGCACUCCAUGUCCCUGCCCCUGCUGCAGGGUCUGUCCUCGGAGUUCGACAGCGACGAAUAA